UGACCAUAUGUAGGAAUAGACAGCAGAGGGAUAAUACACAGCACUGCUGGGUGUGGUUUUACAGGGAUUUAAGCAAGUGCCAACUAGCAAAAUAAGCAGGGCAAGGAGAUUAAUUACCUGCAAAGGUGCCUGUUUAACUCUCCAUAGUGCUGGGUUAUGGAAUAGAUGUUACUCGCAAGCAUUUUGCUUAAUCACCUAAUUACGCAAAAAAUAAAUACAUUAUAUAAAAUAUUAUGUUAAUUAAAUACAGCUGAGUGACAGUCCGCUCCACCCUAUCCUAAUGCGCGCACACAGACAUCGAGCACCGCAGUUAGAAGUUUUCUCUCUCCAGUUCCACGUACCGUAGCACUGGCAAAAAAGUUCCUGAGUAAUAGCACUGCUGGUUCAGCGGGCGCAGCCUGAGGGGGCGGUCUGGGACAGAGUUACCUGCCCAGGCCCAGCCCAGGACGUGGGGUGGCUUUCAGUGCCAGUCACGCAGGUUCCCAAGGAGACAAGAGGGCACGGAGCGUGAAUCCUUUCUUAUAUCCCACGUCUCAUUUGAGGAUCGAGCCUCACACGGGGCAAAGAGAUUUAACGACCAUUGUGGGAUGGCUUCUUGUAAAUAAAGGCAAAAAACUAUCACAUUUGGUUCACUCAGGUAACGUGAAAUUGAUCCCAUGCAACAUAGCCGCAUAUGUUAUUUCAUGCCUUGUCCAUGUUAUGGUUUAAUUUACAAAGUGAUGCUGCCUUUCUUAGCUUUCCAUCUUACUGAGCUAUACACUGUGCAUAUCAAUAUAUUUGUCCUUCCAGCAUCACGGUUUAAGCCCGUUCCUUAAUCUCUAACACAUGCUGGUACUGAAGUUCUGGUCCAAGGGCAGAGGGCUGGGCAAGGUAAUGUGUUAAGCAGCAGACUGCCCCAGCAGAGCCUGUUUCUCUUACUGGGCUUCGGUGAAAACAAGCUUUGGCAGCAAACAUUUUAAAAUACUUAGAGUGUAUACAAUAUUUUAGGUAAUAUAUUGGUAUGAUAAUGAACUAUAUCUGUGCAAUUAUAAAGAAAUUGUCCGCCCUGCUGUUAGAAGCAGGUUCCCUGAUAUCCAAAAGAAUAUUCUAAAGCAUGUUUUUCUUCAAAUGUAUUUCCUUCUGAAUACCAUGCACUGCGGAGUGCUUGGGGGUGGGAGAGGGCAGUGUAUAUAUACACAUCUAUCGAAGCCUACCGAUACAUUAUUAAAAUACAGAAAAAAAUAGCACUGAAAUAUAUAGAUUUCCAACACUAUUUUGAACACAAGAAAAUGGGCUUCAGAAAAAAAAAGUCUGCUCCACCAGAUGGCAUAUAAAGGGUUAAAACCAAUGGAGUAUUUAAAAGUAACAGAAUGUUUUCCUGUAAACUCCUUCUAUGGUGUGAUCUAGGGGAAGGUCCAGCUUAAGUGCUGGAUGUUCAUACAGGAUUUCCUAUGACUAAUGCUGUCAGCAUUCAAAACUUUUAAUUUAAAAUGUGGGCGUUGUACUCAGAUAGGAAAUUUACCAUUUAGAAUUUCUUAUUCGAAAAUGAAUGAAAAUUACUCUGAAUUUCAGAUUCAUUUGCUGUACGUGGUAUGGCAGCAGGAAAAAAAAAAGGAAGUCACUAAGUGGCAUAUGCUGGGACUGCCUGCCAAGCGUUUACACAAGUCCUUUAUAUCUGGAUGGGAUCCACAGGAAGCUUGUACAGGAAGGCCUUUUCCUUCCUUAUUUUUGAAAAGCUUUGUUGGAUGGAAAUUAUGCCAGUGAGUAAACGAGGGGAAGGGGGGAAGCAAACCACCAUUCUGGUGGGUUUGGUGCCAAUCCCUGCAAAACUGAAAGUCCUACUGAAGUAACAGUAAUGCAACCUGUUGUAAAAUUGUCCAACAAAAAAGCAAACCCCUGGGACACAAAAUACAUUGGAUGGUUUUAUUAAUUAUUAUUAUUUAAAAGACUAAAAAAAAAAAAAAGAACACAGGUACCAACUCAAAACAGCUAAAUUUGCCAGUAUUUCUAGCCAAGAGACUUUGUAUUGUCUGUAGUAAGUUUGCUCUGAAUUCUGUUGUAAGCUCUGACUGCUUCAGGUAAAUUUUAGAUAGUGGUAUUUUACUGAAUUAAACAUGAAGCUAACAUAGUUUGAGCUGUCACAACAAUAUCCUUUCAUUUCUUGAUGUCAUGUUGAUCUUAUUUUCACUGUACCAUAUUCACACUUUUGUUGAAACUAAGCUUUCCUUGCUCUUAUGAUGCAAGGGAACAAGAAGGUUGAUUGUCUGGCUCUUCUCUUACUGUAUCUACUUCACUGUGCAAGAACUUCCUAAAAAUCACUUUUUGUUCCUUAAUCUGAGUCUUUUACAGUCCCUAGAGGGAAUAUUACUAUUCUGUUUAUAUUAUAGUAUAUAGAAUCAUACAAUGGCCUGGGUUGAAAAGGACUGUAAUGAUCAUCCAGUUUCAACCCCCCUGCUAUGUGCUAUUGAGCCAAAGACUUGGCUUCCCUGGGAACCAUAACAGCAGAGAGCAGACCUACAGGUAGGCUACAAUGGCUCUAGAUCCCUCUUUAGCAACAGCCGUGUCAGCUGGCAGGAGUCCCAGAUCUAUCCCUGAGAGUCCUGUAAAGCCACAAUGGCUAUUUAGGCAAGGGGAUAAGAACUAACAAACAAACAAACAAACAAACAAGGAAACAAAAACCCUUUCUCAAAUAGGGAACCCUUCUACUGCACAGUAAAGGAGGCAGAAGUAAAUAGGUGGAUUUGAUGACAGAAGAAAAAUGGUGGAAGAGGAGUCUUUAAAGAGGUUUAAUAUAGUGUUCAAAGGAAUAAGAGGAAAGUAGCACAGGGGACAAUGGAAGACAGCAGAAGUAUUAGGAAGAACGAUUGAAGAGUAAGCAGCUCUGCAGUGGCUUUUGGUAGAGGUGUGCAAUUUUCUCCAGCUGGACAUUAGCACCAAUCAUUAAAAGCAUGAAAGCUAUUAUUAAAAAAACAAAAAAGAAUGCUGAUAUAAUGAGUCAAGCGUAUGCUUUGUGCACAGAGUAGCUCUGGCACAGGUAACAACCAUACAUAAUCAUCUGCUGCGAAAAAAGGCAUUCCUAGAGGAAAGAAAAUCCAUGCUGAUAUACUUCCAUUGCUCUCCUGACCAAAGCUGGCUUUAAGAAAGCCUAUCAGUACAGCAAACAUUUCUCUGCUUACAGUGGGCACUAAAGGAAUAAGGAAUAAGAAGUAGUUUAAGGAAUAAGAAGUCUGAGAUGAAAGCUCUGGUUCAGAUGAGACAGUGCAUGAUUUGCAAAAGGAUGGAAACUGAGGGGGCAGCUAGGUCAUGCCUUUCCCCUGCUGGAUGAAUCACUCUUUGAAUGGAAAUUUGAGUAGGAAGACAUAAUGGCUUGGGAACAAAGAGCGCUGCCAGAAUAUCACAGGUGCAGCUGAACAGAGAAGGAUGUUUUGGGAUAUGCCAAGGAAAGCAAACGCCAUGAAUCUGAAGGAGUUGUCAGGCUUCUGUGAUUUAGGGAGCUACCCAAAUCAGCAAGGGUGUUUCUCAUGGAAGCAGACAGGAGGAAGGCAGAGCUCCUGAUUCAGUGCAGCAAUCAGUCCCUUCGUUUUUAAGCAUAGCACUGAAUUCAAAACAAGAUAGGAGCUGCUCGUGUUUUACUAAAGCUCUUGAGACUCAAAACUUACACUCUGCUCAAGCACCUCUCUAGAGUUGAACACAGACUUACACGCUUUCCAAACUGGAGCUAAGAAUACAGAUGCUGGCAUACAAGGAGACACAGAGGGGAUGGGAACCAACACAGUCAGACAAAGCCAGGGGGAUCACACAAAGGACAGGGGAAGCUCUGAGGAUUGGAGAGAGCAGAUAACAUGAAAAAAUCAACUCUCUGCCUCAGAAAGCCCUCCACCAAUGUGAAAUACUGUGAAAUGGAACAAAAGUUGCUCAGCAAAUUACAGCAUUGUGGAGACUAAAGCACUAAUAAGGAGGAAACAAUACAUGGCAGUGACUUGAUAGCAUUGCUAUACUUCAUUUGGAUGUAUAACAAGCAUAAACACUCAUAAAAAACAAGAUGAUUUUAACUAGAUGACCAGGACAGGGUACAACUGAAUCAUAGUUAGGGUAAACGGGGAAAAAAAAGAAGGAAAAAAAAAUAUAUGGAAAUGGUUUGUAUAUAUGUAUGUAUUUAUUUCCAGAAAAUAAAAGAAAGGGGAAAAAAUGAUUAAAGAAAAGAUGUGUAAUAAGCCCCUUGAAUAAUUGUCCAAAAACCAGAAAACUGCUAUAGAUAGAUUUAGAUAGAAAACUAGGAUCUAAUGGUAAUAGAUAUAUGACUAAUAAGCAGAAUUUAAAUGAAAGCUAUUUUAGCUAUUUAAUAUGAAAUAACUGAUACCAACUUACUAUUUCUCUAAAUACAGAAUUCUGGAUCAAAAGAAGUAUCAAAGACAAGACAGUAACCUAAAGGACUCACAGUGGACAACUCGGGGAUCAGGGAAUAUAGGAACCAUUUUCAAGGUAAACAGGGAGAGAGGCAAGAAGCAAAGCUAGAACAUGAAAAGUAAUUAAAAACAUAAAAAUCAGGGAGGACUAAAGUGACAGCUAUAGUAAAAUCAAGAGAUGCAGGGAAGCUUUUCCAGGCCCAAGUGCUUCAGUUGCCUUCACGCAGCUGGAAGGGGGAUUAGCUGAGCCCCAGUCACUACUACUUGCUCUUAGCAGUAGCUUUUCCCUACUGCUGGUGUUACUAGAACCUCACGUUUAUCACCACUGACUCCAAAGAUGCACUGCGUUUUUUUACAGAGUAAUUAUGAAAUAGUUUUUCUGAACAGAAUAAAAAAAUACUGAGAUGGUUUUCCGUGCUCAAUUCAAAAGUUUCGUAUUUCUUCACGUUCAGGAAGAACAACAGCCACGGAACUAAAAUAAAUGGAUUUGAAAAUUCUGUUGACGCAACAAAUAAAAUUUAUAUGCAUAAGUGGAUUCCUCAGAGAGAGCAAAAUUUCAGUGUGUGCAUGGGGAGACCUCACUGGCAAGACAUUGUUUAGGUACACGUCUGUGCUACGUCUGAUGCCUGACAUCGAACCGUAAUAACUUAAUAAAUAACAGCAAUUAAAUCUGCUUUAUGAUGGAGCAAAACAUUAUUUCCUUUCAAAGUGACAUUAGCCUCUAUUAAUCUCCACAGCAUUCUAUAAUAGGUACAAGCAAUAUUCUGCUUGCAUGCAGCUGCCUUCUGUGGGAGACCUGGUGGCACUGCCAUAGCCACCUUCUGGGAGCAGCCCCAUGACUACGGGGGGGGGAGGGCAGCUAAAGAACUUUCACAAAGUAUUUGCUUCUGUAAGGUUUCACUGACUACGUGUGUGUUCCCAGCUCAAAAACACACAGGUCUGUCUGUGUAAAAUGUAAAAAAAAAAAAAAAAAAAAAAAAAAAACUGCUUGUUUUGAAAAAAGUAAAAAAUAAAGCCAGUUUGCUGAUCCCUGAAGAUGCCUCAGCGUUUAGUUACUUUAUACUUCUCCAUCAUACGCAUUUAGUGCUAAUGAUUUGAAUAACAACUUUCCAUAAAUGCUUUCUAAUAGGGUUUGUUUCUAAGUUUAAAUUAACAUUGUGACAGUAAAGAUUUCUGCAGAAUAAGUGUGUAUAGAAGCAUACUACAAUUCACCAGACAUAAAAAUGAUACAUUUUUCUUUUUGACCUUUGCAUUGUGUAAACUCCAUCGUACUAACAACUUCUCUGUUUGUUUCAGAGCAGCUUUUAUUCUCUUCAUUAUGGUUUGAAACAAGAACGUUGCUUUCCCUGAGCUCUGUGAAGCUGAAUUAGAAAGCUUUUUUCCUCCUACCUCCCCUCUGUAGCUUCUCAGAAAACCACCUGGCAAGUAAUUCCAUGGAAAGUUUUGGAAAAAUACCUGGAUCUGAUUAUUCAAAAACCCAAACAGAAAAAAAAAAAAAAAAAAAAAAAAAAAAAAAGCUUUCUAGGUAGUUUGGUCACUCUUCUGGAAAUUCACUAAUUCACACUGAACAAAAAAAAAACCAAUCCUAGUCCUCACUUUGGAUGAUUUAGGUAUAUUAAGCUUCAUGUCUGCAGCUCAAUCUGGACACAUGGUCUGCACUAUCAGCAUGUAAAGCCACCAGGGGCACGUUACUGAUGGGUACUGCUUGCUUACAGUCACUCCAGGACUGGAACUUCAGAAAAGAAUACGUUAAUCUUUGGAAAAAGAACAUUUUGCAUUGUAGAGAUGCAGCACUUAACAUGAUCUUUGCCUGUUUACAGUUGAGGAAAUAGUAUAGUGUUAGGACAACCUUUUUGUGCCUGGUAUUGGAAAUAAAGUAUCUGAAUUAUUAUAUCAGCUGUUGUAUUCUUACUUAGUACCAUGGAGGCAUCCAUGCCUAUUGGACAAGGCAGGGGAGCCGUGCUGUCUGCGAGGCAGCUCUUCAAGGACGGGCCCUGGCACAGGGGACUCUGCAGGAGCAGUUAGGGGUGGGCGGCGCGUGAGCUGCAGAGGAGAUAAGAGGGGAACCCGGUGUGCCAGGCUGAGGUGCAGAACACAGGACUGGACGGAUCAGCUUUCCCUUCCCUCCAGGAGGCCCCAGCUGGCGCACACGUCCUCUGUGUUUAAAUCCCUGCCAGCGCAGACUUCCCAGUACCAGGAAGGCCCCAAGUGUCCCGGUCUACUCUUGACAGAAACCCGACUAAACACAAACAAGAUUGCUCAGUGCCAGAGCUCCCCUUUGGACUUCCCUAAUUCACUGCAGUUACUCUUUAUGCAAAACUAAGAACUGAGCUUUCUCUCUCUUGCAGACGUUCUGACUAGUCAACUUCUCUUCCAGCGUUAUAUAAUAAGUCAAGUACACUCUAAUCAUCACCACGAACACUUCUCACACUGCUGCUUCUCAGUCUAACUAUGCCUAAAUAUAGUUCAACCUCAGCCAGCCAGGUCCCAUUUAGAUUUCCAGUUAUCCAAAACAAAGCUUUAUUCCCAAGCCGUUUUUAUUAAUGAUGAUGCCUUGAUUACCCUGAUAUAUUCCCCAUCCGUCAUGAUGUUUAGAUAAUGAUGUUGGCUUUACUAUCUCUUAGAAACUGGUUAUUCUACAGCAAAUAUAUGUUUCCAAUAAGCAGCUGGCAUUACUGCAAACGAUCGCCUUAAAUGAAAUUAAACUACACAUUGGGAAAUACGAAAAUAUCCCGGCGAGUGAAAGCGUGAUAUUCACGUUUGGCUUUCCAUCAAUUUUAUCAAGAAAAAGCCCUGGGGAAUACAAGCAGUUACUGGCAGUCGCUGGGUUUCAGCAGAGGGCAGUGAGCGCAGCGGUAGGUUCCUAGCGCAGGCUGGAGAAAGGCUGACCUCUGCAGGAUCCUCCGGCCCACAGCGCUGCAUCUGAGGCCGUGAUCAGACAAUAUGCAAGGUGUACUAUUGGCCACUUUCAUCUUUGAGACGUUGAAAUAAAGAAAAUUAAACGCAUGCUCGAUGAUGACAUAGCAAUAUAAAAUAAGCCCGAAAACACGGGCACGUGUUAAUUUAAGGAAUAAAUGUUCAUCUUUGAGAAGUCAGAAAACAAUACUUCAAAGGGCCAAAACUUCAAAGCGCUCCGUAACUUCAAAGCGCUGCACCACUGUUAAUAAACACACAGGACAUGUCUGUGAGGGAGAAAAAAAUUUCCUUUUUUAAUGCUUGUGUAAACAGGGAACAGAGAUUAAGCGAUUUGCCCAAGGACACAUGUAAGCAGCGAACCUGAGACUCUGCAUAUGAACAAAGUGGCUCGAGCCACGUCCCUCAGAGCAGCUACAGCUGGGUUCAAGCAGGCACCUGAUGCUCCCCGAUGGAAAUUCAGCCAGCACAGGCCAAACUGCAGAUCUUUCCUAUCAGUAGCAUCACCUGCCCUUUUUCAGGCCUGCUCUAAACAAUCCCGUUGUUCCGGUAUCCUCCCACAAAGUCAGUGCUGAAUAUGCACAGAUCUAUAUAAACCAUGUUUUUCUAUGUAACCAUACAUUCAUAGAGCUUUAUUAACUGACCCGUGAAGAACUUUGCAAGGGAAAAAACAAUCUCCUUGUGCCUCUCAGACAUCCAAUAAGUGUAAAAGAUAAUACUGAAUGCCAAAGGUCUGCCUGAGUAAAACGAAAUUUUGCCAUUCAGAUUUUCAAUGAAAAGCUUCCUGGUGAUCCGACACACAUGUGGUCUCAUGCACUUAAUUAAAGGAGCAGAGAUGCAGAACCUUAAUAUAUUUCCCUUCUCUAAAACAUUUAUAUGCCAAAUAAGUAGAGUUAAUAAGUUUUAAAGAUAUAAACAAAAAAGCAUACUUCAAAUGGCCAGUUAUUAAUCUCUCAUUAAUCCAUACAACAACCUUCCCAUAUUUGCUUGACAAACGUGAUCCUUGUUUUAACAGAGAAUUUCCUCAUGUCACCUCCACGCAAAGAGCUUUUUAAAAAAUACAUCCAUAAUUGUGAUUUGAAGACUAUGAUCUGCAUCUACUAACGAGCAAUUGGCUGCAUGCUAUUUUCUAAAAGCCUUACACUGGCUCUAAGUAGACCUUGCACACGCACAGUGUUCCGCUGUCCCUCUCCACGGCCAGGGAUGGGUACUGCACCUUUAGUGCCUGCUGGUUUAUGAGCACAAUUUCUGCACAUUAGGAAAUGACUGCCAUGCUAGCAGGUUCUUAAAGAAUAUCACAGUUUAUGGUUUUAAUUUUUUCCAGGAGUUCCAAUUUUCUGUGUGUGCCAUCUAUAAUAAUGAUGCUGCUUAGCACUCACCAUUCUCCGUUGAUAGAACUGAAAACUUACCUCUGAGCGCAGUCAAGUAUUGCUACCUCUAUUUUGCAUUGGAACAAUGACAAUGAAGACAUAAAAAUCCAAUCUGAGCAAACUUUAAGUAAGGGCUAUUACUUUACUCAAGACACCGAUACAUCUGAAGUACUUUGAUGAGUCAGAUCUGAAGACUAAAGAAUUUGCAGGUCACAGGCUGAGUCGUUAGCAGAUUUAGGAACACAAUUCAGUCCUCCUGACUCCUUACAACCAACCACACUUUUCCAUGUUAUGUGUUAACAAGGGUUAACUAAAUGACAGAGGUUUACCCAUUCUUGGUGCAGUGCCCCUCUUUGCAUUUCAGAGGAAUUACUGGGCUUUUAAAUUGGCUGGUCAGUUUGCUGACUUGGUAACUGGCUGGCUUUCAAAACUUAUAUUGAAAGUCUUGCCUUUCCUGGCUAUUUCUUCAAUUAAAAAAAAAAUAAAUUAGAAUAAGUUUUGCAAUCUGGCUUAUAAAAUAGAAUAAGUUUUGCAAUGCAGCUUAUAAAGCCAACUCAUAAAAAAGAAAUAAAUCAAAAAUCUCAUCAGUCACCCUAUGCCUACUGUUAAAGAAAAUACAAGCAAAGGUAGCAGGAUGCAAUAGAAAAGGCAGAGAAGAAAGACGCAGAUGGCAAAAUUUCCAGUUUGCUUUAAUAAGGUGAAGCUGUCAGCUUGACAGCUCAUUUUCCUAGAAUGGUUUGAGCUGGAGGGACCUGAAGGAGCAUCUAGUCCCAACCGCCCGCCGUGCUCAGCUCCAGCUCUUACAGAACUCUGCCAUCUCAAUUUCUCUCUCAAUUGUUUUCCAAAUCUGUAGAUGGUUAUUAUUGUAUCUCCUCCUCUCCGUGAGGGAUUUUAAGACCACUAAGUUAAAUUAAUUUCAGCUAGAUUCAAACUACGCUCACACUGAAGACUAUGCGUACUCACAGAUUGGAAGUCUCAUUUAAUUAUACUUUAAAUGUUUUGUACACACCUUGAUCCACUUCAUGGGAAAGAAUUAUGCUCCAGACAGACAGCAGACACAAGAAUGACAGGCUUAAAGUUAAAUACAGCUCACGGAGCAAAGCCUCAUCUUGGAAAGACUGGAACACUUGUUACAAUCAGCUGCCCUGUACAGUUUAUUUUUAUCUAGAUCUUCAUGUUUUUAUUUCAUUACAUGACGGGGUUUUCACCUACAGGCUGGCAAAGGGUACUCUUUCAUUUAACACUAUACAAGUAUGCAAACAUGGCAACAGUAACCAUGCUGUCCAUUUUCUCUUGUCAGGUCUAAAAGCCUGGACAGCUAGGAACCUACAAAAAACAGCUUGGCCCAGAGGAGCCUGAUAAACCAAUACGUGCUAUUCAAAUAUCAGCUUCACAAAAGCUUUCUUUUCCUCCCUAAAUUUGGGCUAAAAAGCCUGGAUGAAGCCUUCCAAAUGGAAUAUCCUUAUAUAUCGCUGGGUUUUGUUUUGUUAUUGAGCCUCACUUGUUGCUAAGGAAGAGCAGAGAUCAAGGGACUUCGACCAAACCUAAAGGUGAGAGAGUUUUGAUCUCUUUCUCAUUCUUCAAAGAUUUAUUACUGAACUACAAUUAAUGCUGGUUCAGAGUUCUAUAAAAAAAAGAAAAAAAUGCAUGCAGUGAUGUGAUCCAACUUUGCACCUUCAUAUUUAACUUCUAACAUCAAACAAUAGUUCCGUUCUCAUUUUGCUUAUCAAGGUGAGCAUGCAUUCCUCCGGCCUAUUUACCAAUCCAUAUGCAAUAGAAGUCCUAAGAACUAAAAGAGAAGAGCUAGUAGAAGGCAUAAAUGACCCCGACCAUCUUCUGAGCUGCCUCAUAGACAAUGGCAUCUUUGCCCCAGAAAAAAUGAUGGCCAUGAGUUUCUACAGAACACGAACAGAAAAGAACUCUCGAGUUUUAGACAUCCUGAUUUCUCAAGGUGAACGAGCCUGCAGGCUCUUUUUCUAUCCGUGUUUAAAGCAAGUGGAGCCAAAGCUUUAUAACAAGAUGAGGAAAUAUGUCAGUGAAGUAAAUGAAAGCAUCAGAGAUGCCAGAAGACAACUGGUGGGAUACUUACUUGAAAAAGACAAGGUUUGGUUUGAAAAGAGCUGUGAACAGCACCAAGAAAGAGAGAGUCCUCGAAGAAAGAGACAAGAAGGGGCUACUAAGAAGAAAGGAAAAGAAACUCAGCUUUCAAGAGCAGCAAAACCUAGAAAACAUCAUUCUGAUAUUGGCAUCUUUGACGCAGCUGCUAAGGGUUAUCUUUCAGAGUUAGAGAAAACAUUAAAAGAUGAUGAUAUUAAUGCACUAAACUCUUCAAAUGAAACCCUUCUGCAUGUUGCAGCCACUGAGGGGCACCUAACCAUAAUGGAAUACUUGAUCAGCAAAGGUGCUAAGCUGGACGUGACGGACCAGAAAGGAAGAACAGCCCUGCACAGGGCUGCUGAGAAAGGCCAUGGUGAUGCAGCCAAAGUGCUUCUCCACUGGGGUGCUCACAUGUACAGUUUGGAUAAAGAAGGCAAGACGCCACUUCAUUUGGCUGCACAGAAUAACCACAGUCACAUACUGAAGAUGUUCCUGAGAGAAGAGGCAAGAAGCAAUGGGAACAAGCGCAGCUUUUUGCACAUGGCAGCUCUUAAAGAUGAAAGCAGCCUGGCAAAAAUGCUUUUAAAGAGUGGUGCCUCCAUCGAUGGGAAGGACAAGAGAGGACAGACUGCUCUCAGUUAUGCUGUUUCUCAGGGCUUUGAAGACACUGCAAAAGUACUGCUGGAAGCUGGAGCCAGUGUUGAUUCCAGCGUGGCCGAAAGAGCCUUCAACAGCAACCACCCAUCCAUCUUCAAAAUACUGCUAGAAUAUUCUAAAGAUCUGCCAUCGAACGUAAUGAAGUCAGCUCUUUUUAAAGCUGUACAGAAAAAUCUGCAUGCUACUGUAGCAGCUUUAGUUGACAGAGGUACAGAUAUAAAUGCCUACAAUGAAAUGCAGUACACUCCUUUACUCCUGGCAUGUGAAACAGACAAGGCUGAAUCUGCACAAGUUCUAAUUGAAAAGGGAGCAAACUUGGGAAUAAAGACCCCCGCUUCAGACACAGCUUUGCACUUGGCAGUUCGGGCUGGGGCUGUCUCCAUCACAAAUCUGCUUCUGCGCAAAGGGAUGGAGGCCAAUGCGACCAAUCAGGGCGAUGAAACCCCACUCCAUGUUGCUGCACUGCACAACAAAGGAGCAUUAGUUGGCCCGUUAGUCAACGCCGGGGCCAAAAUUAAUGCUGUCACUAAAGAGCUUGUUACUCCCUUGCAUACUGCAAGUCAAAGAGGUAACGCUGAUGUUGCCCAGCAGCUGUUGCACCACAAAGCCAACGUUAAUGCAAAGGAUAAGCAGUCAAAAUCACCUUUACAUUUUGCUUCGGAAAGGGGAGACAAAACAAUGGUAGAGAUGCUUCUGAAUGCUAAUGCUGACCCCAAUGCACAAGACAAGGAGAAAAAGACGCCCCUGCAUGCUGCAGCUCUGCGAGGCCAUCUCAGUAUUGUUCAAGUUCUGCUAGCUAAAAAAGGCAGACUCAGAGAUAAGGACAUGGAUGGAUGUACUCCUUUGCACUAUGCAGCCGUCAAAGGAAACACAGAGGUUGUAAAAAUUCUACUGACAUCAGGGAAAAAUAAGAAUAUUGAUGACAGAAAUGUUUGGAGGAAGACUGCACUGCAUAUUGCAGCGGAAUAUGGGCACAGUGAGUUGAUAAACCUAUUACUAAGCUAUGGGGCAGCCAUUAAUGCUAUAGACAACAAUAAGGAUACUCCGUUGCAUUGUGCUUGCAAGGCCGGUCACUUACAUGCUGUAAAUUCCCUCACCAACUGGUCACAAGGAGAAAAAGCCAAUUUACUAGCAGCUAACAGCCUCAGAAAGACCCCACUGCAAGUAGCAGAGUUUAACAAAACAGAAAAUCAGGCUCAAAUUGUCACUCUUUUGAAAAAGAAAAUGCUGAUGAUAAAAUAAAUAUGUAAAGGAAACAUUCA